GCCGCUCGGCCCGGCGGUACCGGUGAGCGAGACGCUGAGGUGCAAGGAUUGUAGACAAUAGUCCUGGGGACAGUUCAGGAAUCCAUGGGACAAAAAGGGUGUGUUUGUCAUAAAGCUGAAUGCUGCCUUCUUGUACUGCCACUCCCUCAGAGGAUAGAGGAGGAUAAAUGCUGCAAAGACACAGAAGAGGGGUCCUGGAGGUCCUGCACAAAUUGAUAACUGGAAAGGGUGCCCUGUUGCUGCCUGUGGAAGUGGUACAACAUGGCUUACAGUGUGACUCUGAAUGGACCUGGACCCUGGGGCUUCCGACUGCAAGGAGGCAAGGACUUCAACAUGCCCUUGACCAUCUCCAGAAUCACCCCUGGCAGCAAGGCAGCACAGUCACAGAUGAACCCAGGGGACCUUGUCGUGGCCAUUGAUGGAGUCAACACUGACAGCAUGACCCACCUGGAGGCCCAGAACAAGAUCAAAUCAGCCAGCCACAACCUGAGCCUCACCCUGCAGAAAUCUAAACGUCCAGUGCCAGUUUCAACCACAGCUCCCAGAAUUGACUCUCCCAGGGCUGUAAUUCCCCAUCAGAAGGUCAUAACCAACACCGCUGCCAACACGGACUUCACGGAGCGUUUCAACCCCAAUGUCCUGAAGGACUCUGCCCUGUCUACCCACAAACCCAUUGAGGUGAAGGGCCUUGGCGGCAAGGCUACCAUAAUUCACGCGCAGUAUAACACCCCGAUCAGCAUGUAUUCCCAGGAUGCUAUCAUGGAUGCAAUUGCAGGCCAGGCACAAGCCCAGGGUGGAGAAUUUGCUGGUGCCCUCCCUAUAAAGGAUCCUCACGUAGACAGUGCCUCUCCAGUGUAUCAGGCUGUGCUUAAAACCCAGAACAAGCCUGAGGAUGACAGUGAGGACUGGAGCCGUCGCUCUGCCAACCUGCAGUCCAAGUCCUUCCGCAUCCUUGCCCAGAUGACUGGAACUGAGUACAUGCAAGAUCCAGACGAAGAAGCUCUGAGGAGGUCAAGAGACAAGGAAAACCUUGCAGCAGCAUCAGAAAACAGUACCCCUGUUGAGCAUGCCCCGGUGGCUCCCAGUUCUGCUGCUCCUGCACCACAUGCUUCAGCACCUCAGCCUGCUCCUGCUGCUCCAAGCACAGCCAGCCUGAUGGCAGCACCAGCCACCACCUCAGUAGUGCAAGAGGCUUUCUCAUCCUCCUUCCAAAGAAACACUACCCAGUCGUAUACAGCAAUGCCAAUUUCUGGAGGCUACAGUGAAAGUCCUGCUCCUUCUGCUGCUUCAAAAACGAGAGUUGUUACUACUGCCAGCAUAAAGCCCUCUGUCUACCAGCCAGCGCCAGCACCAGUUCAUUCCUACACCCCUGCCAACACGGAGCCUGCGAGUCGCCCCCCCUGGGUAACAGACGACUCCUUUUCCCAGAAAUUUGCACCUGGAAAAUCCACCACCACCGUCACAAAGCACAUCCUUCCAAGGGGUGCUCCGGUGCUGUCUCCUACCACAAUUCCUGCUUACCCUUCUCCAGUUUCACCUCCUUCCCAGCCCCCUGCCUUAGCCCGGGGAACAGUGCAGAGGGCGGAGCGUUUCCCAGCCAGCAGCCGAACCCCUCUGUGCGGGCACUGCAACAGCAUCAUUCGAGGCCCUUUCCUGGUAGCCAUGGGUCGCUCUUGGCACCCAGAAGAAUUCAAUUGUGCUUACUGCAAGACAUCCUUGGCUGACAUGUGCUUUGUGGAGGAGCAGAACAGUGUGUACUGUGAGCGCUGCUAUGAACAGUUCUUUGCACCAACCUGUGCCCGAUGCCACACUAAGAUUAUGGGGGAAGUGAUGCAUGCCCUAAGACAGACUUGGCACACAAGUUGCUUUGUCUGUGCUGCUUGUAAGAAGCCAUUUGGGAAUAGCCUGUUCCACAUGGAGGAUGGGGAGCCCUACUGUGAGAAAGAUUAUAUUGCUUUGUUCAGCACAAAAUGUCAUGGCUGUGAUUAUCCUGUUGAAGCUGGAGAUAAAUUCAUUGAAGCUCUUGGACACACUUGGCAUGACACCUGCUUCAUUUGUGCUGUGUGCCAUGUGAAUUUGGAAGGUCAGCCAUUCUACUCCAAGAAGGACAAGCCCCUGUGCAAGAAGCAUGCCCAUGCCAUCAAUGUUUAGAAGAAGAGUUAUAGUCAGUAAUGCUGGGGUAAAACAGAUGACUAACUGGGCAAUCAUCAAGUUGAUAACCAUGGCUAGCACUUCUCUUGGUAAAAGCUAGACAUUGGUACUUCUCAAGUUUAACUUUAUCCUCUUUCAUAAAUGCAGAACGUGCUUUUUGUGAAGUUCAUACCAAAAACUAUGAGCAGUCAAAACCAUGAACUAGUCCAUUAUUAUAGCAACAGUUGGGGGAAAUAUUGAAAUUAACUAAAAACAUUAUUAUAAAAAGUAAUGUGCAAAUAUAGUUUCAAGUUAACUACCCACAGCAGUUUUACUGCUUAGACCACACACUGGUGUUUAAAAACAACUGGAAAAAUACUUCUGUAUUAAGUCAUUUUCUUUCACAGCAAGAAUGAGUAAGUGCCAUAUGUACAGUCAUCUGUAGAACCAAAGGCCGUAGCUUUCAAAGGGAAAUAAAUAGAUUAGGGCUUCCUCUAGGAAAAGUGAGUGCUGUUCCACUAUCUUGUGGUGCUGCCUCAUAGCAUCAGAUAUUUUAGAUUCUUUCCAAAUAACAAGUCUGCCUUGAAUCCAUAUGUAGCUGGGAAGCCUAGGUGACAAUCCAUAACAGUUCGAAAAUAAAAUGGUUGGGUCAGCCUUGCUAGUGCACUUGGCUUCUAGGUGCACAGUAGAUAAUUCACUUUCAAAUGGUAAUGGAAAAGGACAACUGGCUUUCUCCAAAUUGCUCUUACAUUAAAUGGAAUACUGCUGACUGGAAAGGCCAGCUUUUAAUUCAAAACCAGUUUUCCUUUCCUCCUGUGGAAAAAAAAAAGAGAUUCAAUCUUGCUUUGGUUUCUAAUUCCCACUGAUACCAGAGGGAGGUAGGAACCUACAUCUGGACCUUCACAAUAGUAAACACAAAAGAAACACAUCCAUCUAGCACAGCUAGGUUGUGGGAGAUAGCUUGCAAAAAUUCCCUCCUCUAUCCCACAUAAAUAGGAAAAAGGCUUUUUUUUUCCUAUAGUAAUUGAAUGUGUAUCAAAAAUCCAUAAGGCAGCAGGCACAUUCUCCUUAUUCCUUUCCUUACCUUAAAUGCAGCACAUCAUGAAUUGUAGCAAUAUUUGCCAUUGGAAAACAGUAGCUAUGUUCCAACAAUUAGGAUUACCAUACAGUCAUCUAUCCUAAUAGCUUGAGAACAACUUUCAAGUUGUUCAGACAGUUAUUUAUAAAACUCUUUUUUCAAAUAAGCAAUACUUAUAGUACUGAUAAUACUUUUGAAUUUUUGAAUAUCAGUGACUUUUAUAUGGGAGACAGCAGUUCUGUCUGAUGGAGUUAAGAUGGAAAGUCUGAUCACCAUUCAAGCUUUAUUAACUCAUUUAAGUGAGAAUUAUGAUGUGUGUGUUGACAGCUUGCAGUACUGACAGUUUUGAAUUAGUACUUCUGAGGCUGAGGAUGCUUUCUGUGGGCCACAUGCUGGUGCCAUCUGCACCUAUUUUACCUUGUGUUCUGAGUAGCAAAAAAUUACAUAAUAUUGUCUGUCUUGUCCCUCCCAUGGGUUAUGACCAUUUCAUUUGUGUGUCUUUUAAGGGAUGAAAAACUAUCUAAAGCUUGGGGAGGAAUAAAUGAAAUUUGGAGCUCUAAAAUAAGUGUUAAGUUAGCUGCAGGCAGUCUGCAUCUUGGACAAAAAUAACAACCUGAACUGCCUGUGGCAGUUUUGACAUGUAUGACCUGUAUUUAUUCAGUAGGUAUCUUAGUUUUCACUGAUCUUAGCAGUGAUCUGAUCUGAGUUGCUACAGGGUCAGAUUUUUGUAUGCAUGAAUUAUUCUAGAACAUUAGUACGUUAUAUGCAAAGCCUUUUUCUUGUUUGUUUGUUUGUUUGUUUGUUUUGGGGUUUUUCUGUCAGCAAGCAAAUUUUCUGUUUUCAGUUGGUGCUGGGCUGGUGUGAAUAUGGUCCCAUAGAUUACAAAAUCCAAAGAUAUGGCCCAUAAUAUUCUCCAGAGGAAUAAAUCAUAAUUAUGGAAGUUAAAUAUUUUUUUCCACUUCUAUUUGACUUCAUUAAAUACAUAUUCACAACAGUGAGAAAAUUCUACAUUUCCUUUUCAUUUUUCAGUGCCAUUCAACAAAAUGCUUUUUAUUGUUAUCUCUUAUUUGAGAGAAUUCACAUCAGCAUACUCUAUACUGAGACUGCAUUGAAAUGAUUCUUUAGGCAGAUUUGUGUCAGUGUUGGCCACUGACUGGGACUAAUCUCUGACUGCAACAUCAGAAUAGGGAGUCAGGCUCCAUGGGAAGGGCUUGUGAUGGACACUUCAGGAGAAUUUCAUGAGGUCCUUCCCCUCUGAUCUGCAUGUGUUUAUUUGUGUGUGUCUCAUUCUCCCCUCCACCUUCCCCUCCAUGUCCCUGUGAGCUUCCACACUGCGUGUCAGAGUUG